AUGGCCUUCUACAGUUAUAAAACAGUCUUAGCUAUUGCCCGAGCAAGAUUCCCUAGCCAUUGUGUCCAUCCCACCAGCUCUUCUCACUCCCCAUCAUUUGCAUUUCUUCACUUACCAGAUUCCCAUUUAAAUAAAACAUAUAUGAAGAACUAUGGCAGCAAGAAGUACUCCUAUCCUACUCAGACAGGCCAUAAGGUACUUCCCUUAAGGACUAGAGUAAUACAAAAGCUGCACACAUCUGCUUACUGGCUGCAGGAAGUCCUGGGUAAACCUCAGCUGCAGCAAACCGCCAAGAAGCCACAGGUGCCAAGCCCUCAGCCAACAGAAGAAACUGGAGCGAAGAUUAAGGAAGAAAAGCGAUCUUACAGGCAAAUAAUUAUGGCUGAACUUAAAUAUUAUCACAAUGGAUUCUAUUUGCUUUGGAUUGACACCAAAGUUGCUUCCAGAAUGGUUUGUAGGCUGUUGCAUGGAUAGGUGCUGACCAGAUGAGAGAGACGAAGGCUGUUGAGAACGUGUGCUGAUUUAUUCCGCCUGGUUCCAUUUAUGGUGUUCAUCAUUGUUCCCUUCAUGGAAUCCUUAUUGCCAGCGUUUCUGAAACUCUUCCCAGAGAUGUUGCCAUCAACUUUUGAAAGUGAAUCCAAAAAGGAAGAAAAACAGAAAAAGAAAGUAAUUGCCAAGGAAGGGGUGAGUGCUCUGAGCCUGUCAGAGCUGCAAGUGGCCUGCAGGGCCCGGGAGAUGCGCUCACUGGGUCUCACUGAGGAGCAGCUGAAGCAGCAGCUCUCAGAGUGGCAGGACCUCCACCUGAAGGAGAAUGUCCCUCCUCCUCUUUUGCUUCUGUCCCGAACCUUCUACCUGAUAGAUGUGAAGCCAAAGCCAAUUGAGAUACCACUCAGUGGGGAGGCUCCCAAGAUGGAUAUUCCCGUAGGAUCACCCACUUCCUCUGAAUCUAAAGAGAACAUGGCGGGUUUAGCACUUCAACUGAAGGGAACUAAAGAUGAAGAACUGAUACGGCUGCCGCCAGCUACAUCAUGACUCACACCAUCAAAGCCUAUUUCAUUAUGUAAAGGAUCCAUGACUUCUGCUAAAGAAGCUGAAGCUGGAGGCUGA